CUAAAGAGGAUGAACAGUCACCAAGCAAGGUUUGCAGGGGAGGAAGCUCUCAGUAGGUACAGAGACAAAAUGACCCUUCUGAGCACAUCAGCUGGCCUCUCAUCCCAUGCCACUGUGUCUGUUCAAAGGACCCAUGAAUUAAUGUCCGAACAGACAGGGAUGGAGGCCACACAGGGCUCCACAGCACGGACUUCCUUCAUCCAGGCUGAGAUGGCUUCCCUUGUGGCUGACAGCCCAAAUCUGAGCAGCAGGGACCCAGGCUGUUCACAUUAAGCCAUUCUCCAGGUUACUGACGUUAGAGUCCUUCAGACAACGCAGAGCGGAAGGUGAUUUACUUGCUGUAUUACAGGCGAGGAGACCUUGCUUUUCCAGCCACAUCACUUCUACCAGCACCACCAUUUUUGGACUAGGAGAAUGCUUUAUUUAUCUAUCACCAUAGCAACUCAAACACCGUCUCUAUGAACUGCGGGAUUCAUUUUAUGAAGGAAGUAUGGCAAGGGCUCAUGCCCAUGAAAUCCCCUGACUACCACAUGUCUCACCGUCAGCCCCGUCCUGCAGGGCGUGGUCUGUGCCUUCCUCAGCAGACACUGUAGGAGUUCAGUGCUUCGGACACAUUUUCCUCCAGAGGAUGAUGAUGGAUGCUGAAGGGCACCGGGCUAAGCGGUUUGCCUUUUCCCUUCAGAACCCACCUCCAUCCUGCUCCAUAGGCCAAAGAGGGUUAUCCUGGCAAGCUCUGGAUGCAGUGGGUGCCAGCUCACCCUCAGCAGCAGCAUGAGCACUCCACAGCCCACUGCCUCAGAGAGUCCUGCUGAGGGCACCAGAGGCCCAGCAGGGAAGGCUGCAGUGAGUGUCCAAGAGAAGGGCCCUUGGCUCUGUCAGCAGCUGCCCUCGAUCGUGGUGGGACCCACUGAGGUGGGUGCUGUGGAAAGUGGGGAGCUGCGUUGGCCCCCUGAGGGCACCCAGAGGGGUGCCCCUCAGAGCCAGGCUGCUGUUGCUCCCUGCCCAAGUCUACCAGGAGCACCAGGGAAGGCAGUGGAUGAUGAUGGUAUCGAAGCUGCCAGCUCCGGCCAUCAAGCAUCUCUGGUCCAGUGACAGCUAAGGACAUGGCAGGCUCUGUUCUCUGACUUCUGACUUCAACCCCAGGAUGACUGGCUGAUGAGAAGAGACAGCUGGGCCUGCUGGGAUACUCAGCUAGAGAGCUUCCUGUCUGGCUAAGAGAGGCCCAGGACCUCAGCCCCUGCCUUUUGCUCCAUGGCCCAGAUCUGGAAUAUACCCUGCCUGAAAUAAAGGCGCUCUUCCUGGUG